CUGUAACACAAAACAAACGGAAUUUCAUUCAGGAUAUGUUAAUGCUUUUCUUAUUGCAACGGAAAUUUUGGUAGAGCUGUGUGAAGACCUUUAAACUGACUUAUAACCAUCAUAAUGAGUUUAAUAGUUAAGCAAAUCAAUCCAACUUGCCGCCACACUGCAUCUUUGAUAUUUUUACAUGGAUCUGGAGACACCGGGCAAAACUUGUGGGAAUGGGUGCGCUUUUUGUUGGGUCGCGAUAUGACAUUUGAAGAAGUGAAAGUGAUAUAUCCCACGGCUCCCUUGCAACCGUAUACACCGAAUGAUGGUCAGUUGUCCAAUGUAUGGUUUGAUAGACACUCGAUAGACAUCAAUGCAAAAGAAAAUCGCCAAAGUUUGUUGGAUAUAUAUGGCGCAGUACAGACAAUUUUGAAGCAAGAAACUUCAGUUGGAAUACCAUUAAACCGCAUUAUUGUUGGAGGAUUUUCUAUGGGUGGAGCUUUGGCUAUGCACGUUGGCUACCAUCUUCACAAUAAUUUGGCAGGCAUAUUUGCUUGCUCGUCCUUUCUUAAUCACGACUCUAUUGUUUACGAUUCCCUAAAAAAGCGGGUAAAUACAGAAACGGAUUUGCCAGAAUUGCAAAUGUUUCAUGGUGGUCGAGACUCACUGGUCCCUAUACAAUGGGGCCAAGACAGUUUCGAUAAACUAAAAAGUCUAGGUGUUAAAGGUACUUUUAUUCCUCUGAAAAACACUCUUCACGAACUGAAAAAACAAGAAAUGUUAGAUAUUGAAGAAUGGAUUUUACAUAAACUUCCUAAUUUAAGCAAAUGAUGGUAGCAUAGCGCGAAUGAUAUAUUUUGUUUGAGUAGGUAGAUAGAAAAAUAAAUUUACUUUAAAAUUUUUUACUCAUGUUUUAGAUUUUUAAAUAUAAAUUGUUCCAUGGGAUCACCCUUA